AUGCCCGGAAAAGCAGUCAGAUCACGUAAAGCCGAAAGCAACAACCCUAUUCAUCGCAUCGCCCAGCUUGAAGACAAGAUCGAUAGCCUUGUCUCUCAGCUAGAGAGUAGUCGGGUGAUCAAACCUGUGGCGGAUUCACCAUCUAUACCUAAGGCUUAUACCAGUCCACCUGACUCGGUCUAUCCGAUUACUGGUAGUCAGCCUCCACCGGCUCCAGCCGAGUCGACGGUUGACCCGUCACCAGAGGAAUGUCUGGCGGCAUUCCGAGUGAGAAUGCUGAAGUAUUUCCCAUUCAUGCAUCUUCCUCACGAUGCACAAUGGAUGGCUACACAUCGACCUUUUUUGCUCACGUGCAUAAUGGCAGGAUCAACCCAAUCAACGAAGGUCAAACUUGAAUUGGGAGAGAAAAUCAAACAAACUUUGAUCCAGCGCGUCUAUUUCGACAACAAUGAGCACUCCGUUAACCUCGACCUACUUCUCGGGCUUUUGACAUUCAUUGCAUGGGGCCAUGAAAAUCUCCUCCAUGGUACACCUGCUAGAGUGUCCCGGUUCUCCCAUCUAGCCAUGACAUUGGUUUUCAGCCUCCGCCUAAACAAGCCGCCACCACUGGAAUCAAAUAUGCUUCCCAUGGAUAAAAGUUCCUCUGACACAGACUGCCCAGCAAGGACUCUAGAAGAAAGACGAGCUGUUCUGGGAUGCUUUAUCAUGAGCUCGAUUGUGUCUUCAUACUUCGCCCAGAUCGACACGAUGCAGUGGACGCCAUACAUGGAUGAGUCUAUCGACGUUCUAACUGAACACAACGAGUCCAUGUACGAUGAGAUGCUUAUACAGCAAGUCAGGCUACAGCGCGUCGCGGAAGACAUUGAGAAUAUAAAAGCGACGAAUAAAGUGCCGGUAGCCUUUUUCACUGCGGGUCUUCGCCACAGAGUGAAUGAUAUCAAAAAGCACACGUCACCACAACUACUCAAGGAUGAAAUCAUGCUUUCCUCAAUUUAUUACACAGAGUUGAGCAUAUCUGGACUCGUUCUUUGCAAUAAAAACUUCACAGAUGCCCAAGAGCUUGAAACCCUUUAUCAAUGCAUCAACACCAUCAAAUCGGCACUAGAAAACUUCUUUAGAAUACCUGUCUCUGAGUAUUCCGGAAUGCCAUUUCCAUUCUUCACUCAACUUGCGAGAACCAUUGUCGUAUUGAUAAAGCUCUCGACUUCGACGGAUGCAUUUUGGGAUUCGACAAAUGUGAGUGGAGAAAUCGACACACUACAAGUGAUGGAUCGAUUAUUGAACAAUAUCGACGAAGCGAAAACGGCGACUGGUGAUCAGGCCAAAGAUGGAUAUUUGGAGAAAGCUUUCAAAAUAUUUGGAUCAGUCAGAUCGUGGUGCUCUUCAAGACUGCGCCGGAAGGAGGUUGGCGAAGUUGCGUCAGAAACUGUCGGCGGUGGCAAUUCUGAGAAUAAUACACGGUUAGAAGAGUUGUUUUUGGAUGAUGCUUGGUUCAAAGAAUAUUUAAUUUGA